AUGUUUCGCUGGCCCUGCGUGACAGCUAAAAGAAGCUAUCAAAAAGUUGGGUUUGUUCAACCUAAUCGUGUAAACAAAGAUCUGAUUUUGUCCGUUCUCAAAUCGACGGCUACGAAGAGGGAAGCUCAGAAUUAUCUGAAAAAAUAUGGCGACGAAUCAGUGCGCAAUCACUGUUUGCUAACGAUCCGUGACUUGCUUUCACAAAAGCCUAAGAAAUUAUCUCGGUUUGCCGUGACUGUGAAACAAUUGCAAAUGCUGGGCGUCAAACCGAUGUUUGUUUUACACCCGCAGCAAGAUGUAGAGACCCAAUCGGAGGUGCUCGACAAAUGUCUAAGACAAAGCGGCCUCCAGACCAUUUUUAUUUCUGAAGCUUUAACGCGUGCAGCUGACGGAUCCUUUAAGUCACCGGUAAAAUAUGACUCGCUCCAAGAUCUGAUACCAAUAAUAAAACCGCGUAUUUUUGAUGAGAACAGAUGCGUGUUAACACACGUCACAGACUUACCAGCGAUGAUGGAAACCCUUGUCGCGCAAUUAGACUGCCGAAUUGAUAAGGUAGUUGUCUUAAACGAAUUUGGUGGCAUCACGUCUGGCGAAAGACACGACAAUGCUCAUGUAUUUAUAAACUUGUCACAAGAAUUCAACAAACUCACCCAAUCUUUGGUAAAGGAUCUGAAAAAAUUGGAAACAGCCAUGGGCGAGGAAUGCUCCUCCCAAAAAUUGACUACCAUUUCCUCCCCAGCUAAAAUACAGAGAAUCAUAACAGAACGGCAGUCACACCUCGAAGACCUACAGAUUAUGAACCGCGUGCUAUCAAGGCUUCCACCAUCUGCAACCGGACUUAUCACAGACCUCGAUGCUGCAUCAAAUUUGACCAAAAACAAUCCACUUCUAUACAAUGUGUUGACUGAUCGUUCCUUGAUCUCCUCCUCGCUCCCCAGAUUCAAAAAGGAUUCACUUCCUAGAUCUUCAUGGUACGAAUUGCCGGCUUGCGAUGAACCAGUGGGCAAUUCAAAGGAUGCAGCCUUGAUGACAACGGUGGUUAAGAGGGGGGUUAACAUUAAGGUUUUUGAUUAUAAGACACUUACGCGAACCAACUCAAUCGGGUUUCCGGGUGCAGAAAACGAGAUUGAUACCGCAAGCACCUCGACGAAAGUGGAUCUCAAGAAACUUAAGCACAUAAUCGAUGAAAGUUUUGGACGAACACUCAAUCUAAAGCAUUACUUAGAUCGAAUCAACGGUAGAAUAGCAUCCAUUAUAAUCAUUGGCGACUACGAAGGCUUAGCCAUUCUCACUUACGAGGGCCCAGAAAAGGAAAGCUUUCCAUACCUCGAUAAAUUUGCGGUAAUGCCACAUUUGAAGGGAUCUCUCGGAAUCUCAGAUAUUAUUUUCAACUUAAUGUUUCAAAAAUACCCCGAUGAGCUUGUAUGGAGGAGCAGGAAGGAUAACGUGGUAAACAAAUGGUACUUUCAAAGAAGCAUUGGUGUAUUAGACCUUGCAAUGGAUUUAGGAGACAAAGAUAUCAAACCCAGCAUCUUCAAACUCUUUUUUCAUGGGAAUAAUGACGAACAAAAUCUAUUUGGCGAUGAAGACAGAUUGAAAACCUACUCUAAGUAUGUAAGGGACAUACAACCAAGCUGGAAUGCCUAG